UGGUGAAACUCGCUACCACACAACUGGGACGUCGCGCAGGGCUCAGGAUGAAGCAGCGCGGGCAACGCUUCUUCGAUUCUUUCGUGGCUUCCCUCACCCGUACCCACUGUUCGGCAAAGCUCGAGGUGGACGUGGAGUGCUGCGACCAGGGCAGCAGCAGCGCGGCCUCCUCGUCGGCCGGCGGCAGCAGCAGCGGCGGCGCGGCCAGCGCCCUGGGCGGCGCGGCCAGCACGAGCAGCAGCCAGCGGGCCGCCUUCCUCGACCUGGUGCGCCAGUCGACGGCCGCCUGCCAGGCCGGGGACUUCGGGCUCGCCGCCCAGCUCUACACGGAGGCCCUGGCCCUGGACCCGGCCAACCACGUGCUCUACAGCAACCGGUCGGCCGCCUACGUGCGCCUCGGGAAGUACACGCAGGCCCUCCAGGACGCCGCCAAGGCCCGGGAGCUCAACCCUCGAUGGGCCAAGGCCUACUAUCGACAAGGAGUUGCACUCCAGUGCCUGGGCAGGCAUGCUGAUGCCCUCGCUGCAUUUGCCUCGGGGCUCAAUCAGGAUUCAAAAUCAGUCCAGCUACUAGCUGGAUUGGUUGAAGCAGCGAUGAAGUCACCCCUUAGAGCCACCUUGGAGCCCACGUAUCGGCAGCUGCAGUCGAUGCGCCUGGACAAGUCGCCCUUUGUGAUGACGUCGGUGAUUGGGCAGGAACUGUUGGCCACGGGGCAGCACGCUGCUGCCGUGGUGCUGCUGGAGACAGCCCUGCACAUAGGCACCUGCAGCCUCAAGCUGCGAGGUUCCGUUUUCUCUGCGCUUAGCUCGGCCUACUGGGCACUGAACAGCAUUGACCGCGCCAUCGCCUACAUGCAGCAGGACCUGGCAGUUGCCAAGUCUCUUAAUGACCAGGCAGGGGAGUGCCGUGCCCAUGGCAACUUGGGGUCAGCGCACUUCUCCAAGGGCAACCUGAAGGAGGCCCUGUCCAGCCACCGCUACCAGCUAGUCUUGGCCAUGAAGUGCAAAGACAGUCAGGCGGCCGCACUGGCCCUCACCAGCCUGGGCCAUGUGUACACGGCCAUAGGCGACUACCCGAAUGCACUGGCCAGCCACAAGCAGUGUGUCCAGCUGGUGCGCCAGAUGGGUGACCGGCUUCAGGAGGCACGUGAGGUGGGCAACGUGGGAGCGGUGUACCUGGCCAUGGGCGACUUUGAGAGUGCCGUGGAGUGCCACACCGAGCACCUGCGGCUCGCCAAGCAGCUGGGGAACAAGGUGGAAGAGGCUCGAGCUUACUCGAACCUGGGCUCCUCCCACCACUACCGACGCUGCUUCGACCAAGCUCGCUCCUACCACGAACAAGUGCUGAGGAUCGCGCGUGAGCUUGGUGAUCGGGUCAUCGAAGCGCGGGCCUACGCCGGGCUGGGCCACGCCGCCCGCUGCAUGGGCGACGGGCAGCAGGCUCGUCGUUGGCACGAGAAGCAGCUCGACAUGGCACUCGCUGCCAGGGACAAGGUGGCUGAAGGACGUGCCUGCUCCAACCUGGGCAUUGUGUACCAGUUGGCGGGCCACUACGAGGCGGCCCUGAAGCUCCACCAAGCACACCUCAACAUAGCGCGGUCCCUGGGAGACCGGGCGGGCAUGGGCCGGGCCUAUGGUAACAUGGGCAAUGCUCAGAGCGCCAUGGGCAACUACGAGCAAGCCGUUCAGCUCCACAAGCAGGAACUCACCAUCUCCAAGGAGGUCAACGACCGCAGUGCAGAGGCUUCAACGCAUGGCAAUUUGGCAGUGGCAUACCAAGCCUUGGGGCGCCACGAAAUGGCCCUCCUCCACUACCACAGCCACUUGAACAUAGCACGGGAACUAAAGGAUGCGGCAGGCGAGGCGUGUGCCCUGUGCAACCUGGGCAACUGCUACAGUUCUCGUGGGGAGUUUGGUCAGGCUGUGCCGUACUACGAGAACUACCUGCGCCUCUCUGAGGAGAUGGGCGACACUGAGGCCCAGGCGCGGGCCUGCCACUUCCUGGGUUAUGCCCACUAUUGCCUGGGAAACUACAAGGACGCCAUCGAUUACUACGAGAAAGACCUCACUCUGGCCAAGAACCUGCACGAUCGCAUCAACAUGGGACGAGCAUACUGCAACUUGGGCCUCUCGCACCUCGCUCUGGGGAACCUGGACGCAGCGUACGAGUGCCAGAAGUACUUCCUCGCACUCUCCCAAGUCUCGCGGAACUUGCAGGGCAAGUUUCGUGCACUGGGCAAUAUGGGUGACGUGCUGAUGAAGAUGGGAAAAAGCGAGGAAGCCGUGCAGAUGUACCAGAAGCAGCUGAUGUUGGUGCGACAGUCCAAGGAGCGUCACCUCGAGGCCGCAGCCUACGGUGCCCUGGGCCUCUGUCACCGACAGUUGAAGUGUUACGAAAAGGCCCUUGGCUAUCACACGCAGGAGCUGGCUCUGCAGCAGGAGCUGGGUGAUGUGCGUGGCGAGUGCCUGGCCCAAGGUCGGCUUGGGGCGGUGCACCUUUCCCUGGGUCAGCUGGGCCUGGCCCUGCGCUGCUACCAGGCCCAGCUGGAGCGGGCGCGCCAGCUGCGCGACUGCCCGCUCGAGACGCAGGCCCUGGGCAACCUGGGCCUGGCCCGCCUCGGUCUGGCCCACUAUGAGGACGCCAUCGGGUACUUCGAGCAACAGCUAGCACUCCUCGAACAGCUUGGAAGCAGCAGCACCACUCUGCUGGACAAAGGCCGUGCAUAUGGUAGCCUUGGCGAGUGCUAUGAUGCCCUCGGUGACCCCGAGGAAGCGGUCAAGUGUCAUGACCAGUACCUGAGCAUUGCCAUCAAGGCACAGUCUCCCCGCGAUCAGGAGCGAGCCUACAGGGGCCUCGGAAGCUCCUACCGGAGCCUUGGGAACUUGCAACAGGCCCUGGUUUGCCUGGAGAAGCGGUUGGUUGUGGCUCACGAGCAGACGGCGGAAAGUGCGGUGCCAGGGAAGGCAGCAGCUUACGGUGAACUUGGCGCUCUGCACCGACAGCUGGGCAACUACGAACAAGCCCUGGCCUGCCUUGAGCGACAGAUGGCGCUCGCAGAAGACGACCCGUCCCUUCGAGGAGAUGCAGCCUGCGGCAUGGGUGCUGUUUACCAGGCCAUGGGUGCUUAUGACCGGGCUCUUCACUGGCACCAAGUUGACUUGGAGAUUUCCGAAGAGACAAACAACAUGGCUGCCCAGGGGCGAGCUUAUGGAAACCUGGGCAUGACGCACGAAGCACUGGGCAACUACGACAAGGCAGUCUCGUUACAGGAACAGCAUCUGAGCAUUGCUGCCCAACUGGGUGACAAAGCUGCGAAAGCAGAAGCCUACAGCAGCCUCGGUCGUGUGCAUCAUGCCCUGGGUCAUGUGAGCCAGGCAUGUAGCUACCUGCAGCAGGCCCUGCAGGCAUGCGAGCAGCUAGGAGGCGGCAAGCGGGAGGAAGAGGCUCGCGUCCGGCACCGGCUCGGCUUGGUGCUGUGGCUCCAGGGCGACUUGGACGGCGCGCAGCAACAGCUGGCUCGUGCUCACGACCUCCUAGAGGCGCUAAUGGCAGCCGUCACCCUGGGAGAGCAUCGCGGCACCGACCCGGUAGUCGCAGAAUUCCUGGGCGACACGGCGCAGGCUCUGCAGCGUGUGCUGGUGUCCCUGGGCAGGCAGGACGAGGCCCUGUUGGUGGCAGAACGCAGCCGUACGCGCUCCUUUGCAGAGCAUGCCCUCGAGACUCGCAGGAGUGCGCUAGUGGCCAGCGCUUGCGUGCCCAACAGCCUGGCCCUACUGCUGGAAGUGGUCAACCGGCAAAAGGCCACCAUCCUUUACUUCAGCCUGGCUGCAGGGCACCUGCUCAUCUGGCUCAUGGUCCCACACAAAGGUAUUGUCAAGUUCACUGAGACACCCUUGAGUGAAAACCAGUCCGAACCCCUUCUGCCAGACAAGGAUGGCAAACUUCCAAAGAAAGCUUCUCUCUUAGAGCGCCACCUGUCGGCACUCCGAGAAUCACUCGGGGUCGAUCCUGACACUGAGGACGCGUGCUUGAGCCACUGGGACGAAGCUAGUGACCGCUUUGGCCAGGAUCCGGAACGGCGGAGCAGUGCAGGCUUCAGCCGCCUGGGCAAUCGCAACCACCUCCUCAAUAGCUCCAACUACAGCUUGAGCAGCCUGUUUAGCGUCGGCAGCGUCAGUGUCACCUCCGGUCCCGCAAGCCGCGCAGGCAGCAUGCGCGCUCCGCGACCCCACUGGCCCGGACCCCCAUCCCUCCAUGCGCUCUAUGAGUUGCUCAUUGGCCAUGCGGAAGAGGAGCUCAGCCGGUUCGCGGGCCGAGACCUUCUCAUCGUGCCCGACGGCGACCUCUACCUAGUGCCGUUUGCGAUGUUGCGUGGAAACGGCUCGACCGAAUACCUAUGUGAGAGGUUCAGCCUGACAGUGCUGCCUUCGCUGUCGGUACUGCGGGCGGGCCAGCGGGCCAAGGCGGCAAGGCAGCAGCAGCAGCAUGGACAGCAGAGAGCAGCGGCAUUUUCGUCGAUGGCGGCCGGGGAGCAGCUGAUCUCCUUGAUUGUCGGCAACCCUAAGGUAUCACCCUGCACGCUAGAAUGGCUUGGCUGUGCGGAGAUUCCACAUGCUGAACAGGAAGCCGAGAUGGUUGCGGAAAUUUUGGGCGGUGAACCUCUGCUGGGUGCUGAUGCGACGAAGGAGAUGGUGCUUGGCAGGAUAGGACAGGCAGAGUGCAUUCACAUCGCCAGCCACGUAUCUUGGAAGAUUCCUGGAAUAGUACUGGCAUCGGGAGCAGAGUUCGCGGAGGACGAAGAAGCAAGUGGGGAAGAAGGAGGCGAUGGGGCACGACCAACGGCAGAUGUCCUGCUGACGGCCUCUGACCUGUCCCAGAUGCGGCUGGUAGCCCGCCUGGUGGUCCUCAGCAUGUGCCACACGCGGUCGUCCCACGGACGAGUGGAUGCCCAAUCCCUGGAGACGCUAGCCGGUGCUUUCCUCGCAGCUGGCGCACACUGCGUCCUCGUGUCACUGUGGCCCGUUCCAGACACCGCCCUCAAGAUCUUGCUCAGGACCUUCUACUCGUCACUCAUGCAGGGCUCAAGAGCCAGUGCUGCUCUGAGUGAAGCCCUGUGCACGAUCCAGACAACCAAGCAAUUUGGUCACCCGGCCAACUGGGCCAGCUUUGCACUGGUUGGUGGGGACGUGCAUCUCUCCAACCAGGUGGUGCUCAUGGGCCAGGCCCUGGUGGAACUGCUCAAAACACCUGACAAGUGCCGAGACGCCCUGCGUGUUGUCCUACACCUGGUGGAGAAAUCCCUCCAGCGCAUACAGAGAGGCCAGAAGAACGCCAUGUAUACCAGCCAGAAGUCCAUCGAGAGCAAAGUGGGGCCCGUCUCGGGCUGGAAGGAGCUGCUCGUUGCAGUGGGUUUCCGCUUCGAGCCGGCUGCCAAUGGACUGCCAGCCUCCGUCUUCUUCCCGCAAGCAGAUCCCGGAGAGAGGCUGGUCCAGUGUAGCACUAGUCUGCAGGCACUCCUCGGCCUGUCCGUGAUCUCCCUGAGUGCCAUAUCCAAGCUGCUAUCAAGCCCAGAGUAUGCGGAUGACAUCAUUGAACUGAUGCACCAGGUCGUUGGACAGUUGGGAAAAACUGAGCAGGACAGCGUCGAGUGCCAUGUCAGCGUCAAGCUGUGGAGCGUGCCAGGAUGCCACGAACUGCUCGCCUCUUUAGGUUUCGACCUCAUGGAAGUUGGCAAGGACGAAGUCACACUAAGAAUGGGAAAGCAAGCAAAUCGCAGGUCGAUUCAGUUUGCUCUCCAAGCUCUCCUUGCCGUAUUUGAUACUCAAGAAGCACCAAAGAACCUCAACUUUGACGACUCAAGUGACUUGGACAGCUUGGACAGUGACGCCCGCACAGACUCAUCGCCACCCCCAACAUCGGCACUCGGGUUUUCCUCUGGACCCUUGACUAGGCCUCGCCUUGGCCAAGGCACGGGCGCCUUCUCCAAUUACGUCAGGGCAAGGGGAGAACCUGACGGUCGCACUGCGCCAGCAUCGGACCAGAAGAACCGUGACAGUGACACCUUCACACCAAGCCCCGUCAACCCAGUGAGCGCUGCCUACACGAAUCUUGUGGGACUCGUGGGAUUUAAGCCAACCAAUGCAGCAUUAGUGCAGCAAGGAAAGAUGCGAACUCUGUACAAUAACGACAGUUCACCACUCGACGACUCCGGAAAACGGCCAGACAGUUCAUCAUCUGCCAGCUCCGACUGGGACGCUGGUCAGAUGACAGUGCGUCGUCAGAAUGGCAACACUAGUAGCAGCAGCAGCAGCAGUGCUCGCGCAGCCGCCUCAAGCGAAAACGCGGAAGCGACACCCUCUGCCGUGUCGAGGAAAGCUCCCUCAUGUUUUGAAUCCCAGAGCAGCGAUUCCGACAGAAAUGACUUCUCUCUUGACCGACCACGUUUCGGAGCGGGAAUCUCCCGGCCGCCACCACCACCACUCGCGACGCCGAGGACAAGCCUGGGCAGCCAGUCCAAGCAGAGCAGCAGACGGCUGAAGCAGACGAUGAAUGCCGAACAGCAAGAACCAUGCAUUGAGAUGAACACGCUGCUGAGUCCUACCUGUGGCAACGGUGAGGGACCUGCGCAAAGGGACAGAAGCAUGCGGGACCACAUUCUCUCCCACCAGAUGCGGCACUUCUCGAGAGCACCGCCAAUUUCGGACGUGUACCAUGACCGAAACCUGGGGCUCGGUUUGGCGCCGUCCCUCUCCAAGAUUCUGGCAGAUGAUGGCGGGAAGCUGCUCUCGGAGCGGGCUGAAGAAAAUGGCACGGUCGAAGCGAUCAGGUCAAGCUCUCCUCCGCCAUUGGUGUCAAGGAGGUGCAAGCCACCACCACCGCCUCCAAAAAUAGCGGCAAAGCCGCACAGGUUGCAGAAAGGCCGGAUAGGAGACAUCAUUCGCGGUGCCGUUGGUGAAAGCAACGGCUUUGCCUUGACGCUCGACGCUGAAAAGACAAACGUUGCAGAAGAACGAAAGCCUAGCAGUGAAAGCAGUGAUGAUGGUUCAUCGCAAAACAGAGACGCUGUUUCGACAGUGCGGAGAAAACCGAAAUCCAUAGGUACUGAUGACGGUUCACAGACUGCAGUGUCGGAAUGCUGAGUGACAUAUUGUUUAUGUUUUGGAUGGGCGAGCUCUGUGAUGAUGCACGAACAGAUGAGAGCGAUGCCCCAUGUUUGCAAAAGACAGAGUACUUUGUGUGCGUGUGAGUGCUGUGUGGAGUAGCGAAGAUGCACCACUGGUGGUGCCAACAUUUGCCAUACCCCGUGUACAGGUGAUGAGAGUUACUAUGUUAUUAUUUAUGAGUCCAUUCAAACGUAUGCAUGCCAGGCACGCUACCACGAGAUGUGAUGAAUGUAGACUUAUGCGGAUGAGCUUGCGCCUUACUUUAAAGGAACACUAAACAGAAAGGCUACAGGUGUAUUGGUAUUUUACGCUUCUAGAGAACCAAUUAAUUGGCAAGCAAGAAAAGUGUACAAAAGAACAACAUGGGUGGCGACACCACCUCAAAGUUUGUCAUUUGCGUACUAGUUACGCACGACGUCAGAAAUUUUUGACAGCAUCUGUGUAGGGCUAGUUAACAGCUUAUAGAAUAAUGAAGUGUCAUUGCAAUUUAAAGGGACGAAAGACUUACCAUAGCAUUUUUAAAGAACAUCUACACAAAAACAGCUCAAAUAUGUGAAAAUAUAUAUACUGAAAUCAGGGACGUCAUGCUACUGGAGAUGUCGUUUAGGCACAACAAUGAAUGAAGAGAACUUUGGAUUUUGUUUUCUCGGUUAGUCAUUCACUUUUACAUCAAACAGGUGCUGCUAGAACAUUGAAAUACUAUCACGUCUUAUCUUGUUUGUUGUUGCUUUUUAGUGUCAGGUUAACUGAGCUCCAACAACGUGCCUUUCGAGACUCUUUGCGUUGUGUUCCAAGCUCUUCUCAAUUUUCCCGCCAAAGGUACUUUAUGCUUUUAAACAUAAUGCAUCAUUUGCAUUACUAUCGGUAGUUGCUACGUGGGCAACAAAAAUAAAUUGCCCCAGUAGCAUCAGCUGGUGAUAAUUAAGUGUGUAUUUUGCCUUGCGAUGCGAAUGUGCAACGUAUCGCCUAGAAUAGCUUUGUCGCAGCAUGGCGAAGCUUACCGACUCAUUGUAAAAAUUAUUCCUGGAGCCUUGUUUUAUGCCAAUAAUUGUUGGCAGUUGUAUUUGUGUGAAACCACGAGUGUUAUAUGCGAUUAAUGUGUGCUUACUAUGUGUGCAUUCUUCCCCAGCCCUAGUUCUCAGUAGUAGUAUUUGGGAGUGCAGGUUAUGUGUAGGAGUAAGAUAAACACAUCAAAAUACAGUACCUGCAGCAAGUCCCAUUUACAUGAACACAGAUAGAAUCACAAACUCAAUUAGUAAAAGGACAAUUAGAGCAAAGUGCUCUAUCAAUCUAGCCUAGCAGUAGGUUAGUUCUUCAAAACUGUCUCGGCUUUCCUUUGGUGGAAAAAGAGAUUCCUUCUCAAUGGUGAAACUGACGGCCACACUUCCAUUUUUGUAUCAUGCUCAAUAACACCACAAGCAGCAUUGGCGAGGACACCGAUUUUGGGCAGUUUCACCUGUAUGUGGGUGCUUUUGUGUAUGAAUAGAUAGAAGUUGCUAUUUUUUAAAUUUUUGCUCAUGAUUUUUAAACACGGUUUAUCACUUUGUUAUAAAGAUCUAGCCUAGACUUGGCCAAACAAAGUUAGAAUCGGGGAAAUUGUAGAGGAGCUAUUGCAGAAACUUCAACAUGGUGUUUCCACAUUUCAUUCUUACUUUUAUUUUCCCUUCACAUCAAGUGUACGAUAAAACUCUCACUUGCAACUUUGACACUGUAAUCUAACAAUGCAACCCACUCUAAUCUCUCUAGUGUCCCCGUAGCCAAAGUUAAAGGCGCACGUCAUUCAUCGUGUCUCGUGGUUACAUGUCUCGCACAUUUUAGGAAUGAAAUACAAGAGGUCAUUAAGCAACCUUUUCUUUUAUUUCAGAAUCUCUUCAUACUCUCUUUAUGUUCUUGCACACAUACAAACACACACACACACGCACAUAUAUAUAUAUAUAUAUAUAUAUAUAUACGCACACAACAAACAGGAGGCACAGCCAUUUCCAUAUGGAACAACAACAACAACAGAAAAAAAAGGACUUGUUCGAAUACUCUUUGGUAUGCGCAUUCUGAGGUUAAUCUCCCGAGUUUGUAAAUAUGUGCUACGUGUACAUUUUCCCCUUUGGCUGUGUGGACUGUAUUUUGUAAAUGUGUCUCUUGUAAAUGUGUCUCUUUUUUUCUUUCCCUGAUGCAAAAUGUGGGCGUGUAAAUGUGAUACAAAGCGUAAUGUAUUAAAGCGUCUGCCAUGGCCCUAA